AUGGUGACGUUUAAGUUGGUGGUGCAGGACACAGCCGACUCAACGCCACCUAGUUUCACAACCACCACUGAAAUCAUCAUCAACAUCAAUGACAUAGACAACCGGCCUCCCUGGUUCCAGCCCUGUAAACUUGACGUCACUGGGCACAUCAAAAUCUGCCUCGGCGAGGGGUACCACGGCAAGGUUACCCUAACAGAACAAACCGCGGGUAUUCUGCCUCUGGAGCCAAGUCCCAUGUAUGCAGUGGAUGGGGAUAAAGACGUCAACGCUGAAAUUUCCUACAAGAUCUUGAGUGGAAAUGUCAACGACAUAUUUUACAUUGGAGGAGACUCAGGAAAUAUCACCAUGCUGAAACCUGCUGAUGUGGCCGGUCCCAUUGUUCUGAAUAUCAUGCUGCAGGAAAAGUGCCGUGAACAAAAUCAGCCUCUAUACAUGGUCUUCAUAGACCUCAAGAAAGCCUUUGACUCUGUCAACCGCCAGACUCUGUGGCUGGUCCUGACAAAAAAUGUCUGCCCUGAUAAAUAUGUUCAAGUCUUGCGACUACUCCAUGACAACAUGUCUGCCACUGUACUGACCGGCUUUGGAGAUGACACAGAUCCCUUCCAUGUUGACACAGGAGUCAAACAGGGAUGUGUUAUUGCGCCAUCCCUGUUCUCCAUCUUCAUCGCCGGCAUCCUCCAUCUUACAGAGAAUCAGCUGCCACAGGAAGUCAAAAUCAUGUACAGGUCUGAUGAACUCCUCAACAUAAACAGAUUCAGGGCCAAAGGUCAAACCACCACCGCAUGCGUCACAGAGCUGCAGUACGCAGAUGACAAUGCUAUUGUAGCCCUCUCAGAAGAGGACCUGCAGUACACAUUGAAUGCCUUUGCUUAUCAGACGGACAAUGCGGACCAGUUUGCUACAACCACGGUGACCUUUCAGGUGAUGGAAAAGAGUGCAACCCCCCCGAGGUUUGAAAAGGAUGUCUAUGAGGGCCAUAUCUCGCUGGACGCCGGGGUGGGCAGCCUGGUUCUGGAGGGGAAGGACUCCACCAAACCGCUAUUGGUGCAGGCUAUAGACGAGGACUAUGCUGAUGGCAUUAACCCGAAUGUGGAGUAUGAGCUGGAGGGCAGCACUGAAUUCAGUAUCACCCAGCAGGGCUUCAUCAUCAUGGCCACCAAGGCUCCCCCAGGCCCUGUGUCCUUCAAGGUGCGUGCUAUGGACACAGCCAGUGGCGACGAGGUUGUGACUUCUGUGGAUGUCGAGGUCGCACCAGAGACUCCUACUACCACAGCCAUGCCGUCGACAACCGCAGACAUGUCCACUGCCACCACAGAGGUUGUGACCAGCUCGGCGGCCAUGACUGAUAGUAGCCUAACGUCAGCCGCUCCUACACAAGAGGGUGCGAAGAUUGGGGUGUACAGCGUGGAGGACAUGGCUGCGGUGGGGGCCACUCUGGGGGUGCUGCUGCUCAUCUGCAUCGCCCUCAUCGCCGUCAUGGCCGUGCACGUCAAGGGCCACAGCUCACACCACAAGAAGAUCAAGGAGAUCAGCCACUUCCACAGCAAUCUUGCUAGUGCGUCUGCAGGCAUGAAGGAAGGUGUGCAGUAUAGCAACGAGGGCUUCCAGUACGACGGUGAUGACGGUGCGAGCUCGGCCUCGGGCGGCUCCAGACUCUCGGUAGAGUCGGUGGAGAUGGACCAGCGGCCCGCCAGGGCACGAGCUGGAGCGGGUGCGGGCGGCGACCCUCAUUACGAGACGGUGGUGGGCGACGCAGCCAGUCUGGCGGAGAGCGGCCGCAGCGGUGACACGGAGGGUAAGGAAGUGAAGCCCAUCCUCACCAAAGAGCGGCGCGACGACGAGAAGGAAGGCUACAAGGCCGUCUGGUUUAAGCAGGACAUCGACCCCAACACCAAGGGAGAAGAAGUCACCAUCAUCCCCGACCGGACUGAGCAAGACGAGGACGACGAUAACGAUGACGAUCGUGAGGAAGAUGACGAAUCUCUGGAUGGGGAACCUAGCUUCCCACGGAGCACUGGUACCAACCUGGAUGCUAACUCAGAUGAUGAUGAUGAUGAUGAUUAUCAUCCACAAACAUCAGAUUUGUAAAUUCGGAUGAGACAAAACAGAGACUACAUAGAGAUCAUACAAUCACAUGAAUGAGGCGUCCAAUAGAUGCAGCCGAUGGUGGCUCUGCAAUUUCAUGGUUGCUGUGGAUAUGGCCAGUGCUUUAGAUGGCAGAAAAUAAAUGCUGGCACCUACAUAAAAAAGUAGGAAAUACACAGGCUUUGAAAAAAGUCCUGAUACUCAAGAGGCCAAAAUUGCCCAAAAGUGCUGGUGCGUCCACUUAAAGCACUGGGUAUGGCCAUAGAUGCACCCGCCCAGUGCAUUACUCUUCCUUUUGCUUCUGCACUCUUGUAAAUAUGUACAUCACACAUUUGUAACAUUGUAAUGGUGAUGCAGGUAGGGUUAAUUAUUAUCCUCUAUUAUUAAUGUAUUGUUAAUUAUUAGAGACAUAUGCAACAUUUCUGAAUAUACAAAAAAUGUGUGAAUGAAUGUUCAUGGACUGCUUACUGUAAGCUGAUGUCCCAUCAUUGAGCAUUUCAUUAUCAGGAUUUUAUAAAUGGUUUUAUCCACCUGCUGAGUUCAUAAUUAUAUGAUCUAAUUAGAAUGAGCUGCUUCGUUGAAUACAGCUAAUGAAUAUUAUAGAAGAGCACAAGUAACCUAUGUGCUGAUAGAGUUUUAUUGUCUGUUGUUGAAACCCAACACAAACUCACAUGCUUCCAAAGUUCACCUUGAGGGGACUACACUUAUAACCCAGCAAACAAAUUCUGUGAUAAUAAAGCACCUCAGUGUGACAAAG